CAGGGAAGGAAGUGGCCUGGUGUGGACCCAGGUGGCGGGUGGGUGGGGGUCCUCCCCUCGUUCGCUGUUGCACCCUCCCAGUCUCCUGCUGGGCUCCAGUCCCAAGUCAGCAAGUCCAGUCCCCUGCCUCUGACCAGCGCCCCACCCCCCACCCUCUUGCCCGAUGGCCCCGGCCCCCACCGGCGUGCGUGCGGGUGAGUGGAUGCGAAGGUUCCCGACUCCCUCUCAGCGGCGCUGGCGACUGCCCUGCUGCCUGCCGACUGUGUGCCGGGUUCCCCCUAUCCUGGGGCUCCCCUUCUGCCUGGGCGGCCUCCUACCCAGCCUUUGCACAUUGCCCCCCAGCCGCGGGCCUGGCCUGGGAGGAAACAUCUGUCGCGCCCCCUGGCAGCACAAGUGGGGUCAUGACCUCCAGAUGUGCUGGGAAGCGUCCAGCGCCUCCUCCUGGGGCAGCCAGGCCUUCCGGAUCUGUGGGAGCCGGCCGGCCCCCUCCUCCCAGUGACACAGGCCGCGAGGAAUGUCCCGGCCUCAAUGGACCCUGUGUGAAGCUGCCGGGUGGGGGGCAGAGCCCAAGAACACCCCCUAAGGCAGGGCCAGAGCUUGGCACUGUGCCAGAACAAGAGGCAGCCCACAGGCCAUGCCCGCACAGCUACACAGAGCUCAGCCCACCCGGAGUGGGGCCCUGCCCAGACCCCCCUCGCACAGGUCCUCUCUCGCCCCCAUCACACACACUUCACCCACACCACAGUCCAGGCCCAGGAGCUGGGCACUUGGAGCCAGGGCCUGCCUCUGCCACCUCACACUAACACAUGGCCAGCUGCACUCGAUUCACCUUCCUUUCAGUCUCCCAGCAGUGCCGGGGGGCAGCAGGAAUGGUUAACCCCGUUUUAGAGAUGAGAGAACAGAACUUCAGGGUCAGCGUCAGGACCUUGUCCAGGAGAAACCAAGGGAGGAGACACUCAGCUUCGGAGGCUUUGCCCCUGCUUGGUUCUGGAGCUUUAGCCGAGGGAUGCCUGGGGCCUCUGCCUCCACCCCCUCCUAGCCCAGCCCCACACAGUCACUGGGUGAUGUACAAAGACCCGCCAGCAGGUGCCUGCACCCCUAGUGGGUUACCCACACAUCCCCUGCCCCAGCGCCAUCCUGGGUUCACCUGGGGGUGGCUUUCCCUCACGUUCUCACACCGCCCUUUGCACCUACCACUGGGCUUGACACAUUUCCGCACUUCACAGGUCCCUGGGGCCUUGGGUGUCUCAUUCUUACAUCCUGUGAGACCUUGAGCCUUGGCCCAACCCCCCCACCUGCCCCCCACCCACACAUACAGGGAUAGGAGUGGGGAGGUACAGCCCUGUUUAGGCCCUGGAAAUUGACAGACCCAGGUUCAAAUUCUGGCUCUGAUGUGAAAUCGUUUCAGGCAAGAGCAUCAUCCCCUUAUCUGGACCUCAGCUGGACCAUCAUGUGGGGUUCAGACUUCCCUGUUGGCCUCAGUGAGGCCAGGGAGACAGACGUCCCCAUGAGUCCCAGUUCCAGCGAAGGGGCCUGGUCAGGGUGACUCCAUCCCCUGGCCGCCGGCAUGGCCACAGUAGCCUGCAGGAGGAUGAGCCCUGAAGGCCUGACCUUCAGGUUAGGGUGACUUGGGUCCCAUGACUGAGCUACGGUGACCCCAGAACCUUCUUUAGGAUGUGGGGCCGGACAGGGGGCUGCGCCCAGAGUUGGGGCCACUUCCUGUGCCGAAGGAAGUCCUCUUGCCAUUCCUGCUGCCCUGCCAGUGUCCCCUAGGAAUCCCUGUGUCCUUGAGGUAUUGAGGCCCCAGGAGCCAGGGCACUGAAACCCAGCCUCUGGGUGCUCAGCGCCUCUGGGAUCCUGGAGGAAGUGGGAGGAGCAGGGAGGAAGGUCUCUGGGGACAGGACGUCCUCCCUUUGUCAAGCGGGCAGGACCCAGACACCAGCGGCCCCAUGGGUUUCCCGUCCCAGCAGAGACAGAUCAUCUGUCCGGUUGGGCCAGGUCUUGGUGGCGACCCUCGCUCUGGGCUCAGACCAAAGCCAAGGGCAGGAACCGGCCUGCCGGCUGGGCACCAACCCCUCCCGUGCCUGCCAAUGCGGCCCGGCACCCGGAGAGCCAGGUCCCAGGCACGCCCAUGUGGGCCGGCGGAGGUGGCGUGGGGAGCCCUCGGCGGGGCCUGGCGCCCGCGCCCACCGACGACCUCUUCGCCCGCAAGCUGCGCCAGCCCUCGCGGCCCCCGCUGACGCCGCUAACCUUCGAGCCCAGGCCGGCCCGGGGCCCGCUCCUGCGCAGCGGCAGCGAUGCGGGCGAGGCCCGGCCCCCGACGCCCGCCAGCCCCCGAGCCCGCGCCCACAGCCAUGAGGAGGCCAGCCGCCCCGCCGCGCCCCCGGCCCGGUGCUUCAGCGACCCGCUGGCACUGCUGGGGCUGCCGGCCGAAGAGCCGGAGCCCACCUUCCCACCGGCGCCCGAGCCCCACUGGUUCGCCCACUAUGACGUGCAGAGCCUGCUCUUUGACUGGGCCCCGAGGCCACGAGGGCAAGGGGGCCACGCAGAGGCCGGCUCCGGGACCCCGGCUUCGGCUCAGGACCAGACUGCCGGCUCAGACCUGCUGCUUGAUGCGCCCGGCUUUGUGAGUGAGCUCGGGGGUGAGGGCGAGCUGGGCCUGGGGGGACCGGUGUCGCCACCCGUGCCCCCCGCGCUGCCCAACGCGGCCGUGUCCGUCCUGGAGGAGCCACAGAGCCGGACCUCGGCCUACAGCCUGGAGCAUGCAGACCUGGGUGCCGGCUACUACCGCAAGUACUUCUACGGCAAAGAACACCAGAACUUCUUCGGGCUGGACGAGGCGCUGGGCCCGGUGGCAGUGAGCCUGCGGCGGGAGGAGAAGGAGAGCAGCGGAGGGGGCACUCUGCACAGCUACCGCAUCAUCGUGCGCACCACGCAGCUCCGGACCCUCCGAGGCACCAUCUCAGAGGACGCGCUACCACCAGGGCCCCCGAGAGGCCUGUCCCCAAGGAAGCUUCUAGAGCACGUGGCACCUCGGCUGAACCUGACCUGCCUGCGCCUGGGCUCAGCUUCACCAAAGGUGCCCCGUACGCUGCUCACACUGGAUGAGCAAGUGCUCAGCUUCCAGCGCAAGGUGGGCGUGCUGUACUGCCGGGCGGGCCAGGGCUCGGAGGAGGAGAUGUACAACAACCAGGAGGCAGGACCCGCCUUCACGCAGUUCCUCAAGCUGCUGGGCAAAGUGGUGCGGCUCAAAGGCUUUGAGAGCUACCGGGCCCAGCUGGACACCAAAACGGAUUCCACGGGCACCCACUCGCUCUACACCACGUACCAGGACCACGAGAUCAUGUUCCACGUGUCCACGAUGCUGCCUUACACCCCCAAUAACCAGCAGCAGCUCCUGCGGAAGCGCCACAUCGGCAACGACAUCGUGACCAUCGUGUUCCAGGAACCGGGCAGCAAGCCCUUCUGCCCCACCACCAUUCGCUCGCACUUCCAGCACGUGUUCCUAGUGGUGCGCGCCCACGCGCCCUGCACUCCGCACACCUCCUACAGGGUGGCGGUGAGCCGCACCCAGGACACCCCGGCCUUUGGGCCGGCUCUGCCCCCCGGCGGAGGUCCCUUCCCGGCCAACGCCGACUUCCGGGCCCUCCUGCUGGCCAAGGCGCUCAAUGGCGAGCAGGCCGCGGGCCACGCACGCCAGUUCCACGCCAUGGCCACGCGCACGCGCCAGCAGUACCUGCAGGACCUGGCUGCCAACGAAGUGACCACCACGUCGCUGGACUCCGCUUCGCGCUUCGGCCUGCCCUCCCUGGGCGGGAGGCGGCGGGCGCCCCCCCGCGGCCCGGGCGCCGAGCUGCAGGCGGCGGGCGCGCUGGUGUGGGGCGUGCGCGCGGCGCCUGGGGCGCGGGGCGCGGCCGGAGCCGAGGUGGGCGGCCUCGAUGGCUCCGAGGUGCCCUGCCUGUUGGGCAUCUCGGCCGAGACGCUGGUGCUGGUGGCGCCGCGCGACGGUCGCGUAGUCUUCAACUGUGCCUGUCGUGACGUGCUGGCCUGGACCUUCUCCGAGCAGCAGCUCGACCUGUACCACGGCCGCGGGGAGGCGAUCACGUUGCGGCUCGACGGGCCCCCGGGUCAAGCCGUAGGCGAAGUGGUGGCGCGCCUGCAGCUGGUGAGCCGCGGCUGCGAGACCCGCGAGCUGGCGCUGCCCCGCGACGGCCAAGGCCGCCUGGGCUUCGAGGUGGACGCCGAGGGCUUCGUCACGCACGUGGAGCGCUUCACGUUCGCGGAGACCACAGGGCUGCGGCCGGGGGCGCGCCUACUGCGUGUUUGCGGCCAGACGCUGCCCAGUCUCGGCCCGGAGGCCGCGGCCCAGCUGCUGCGCUCGGCGCCCAAGGUCUGCGUCACCGUCCUGCCCCCCGACGAGAGCGGCCGGCCCCGCAGGAGCUUUUCGGAGCUGUACGCGCUGUCUCUGCAGGAGCCCAGCCGGCGGGGGGCCGCCGAGCCUGUGCAGGAGGAAGCCCCAGCCGUGGCCCUGCUGCCCCCCACGCAGCAGCUGCUGCAAGCUUGUCUGAAUGAUGGCAGUGGUCCUCCAGGGCCCGCAGACCUGGCCGAGGAGAGGACCGAGUUCCUGCACAGCCAGAACCCGCCAUCGCCCUGCAGCUCCCUGUCAGAUGAGGCCCCCGUCCUGCCCAACACCACCCCGGACCUCCUCCUUGCCACGACGGCCAAGCCGGCAGCACCCAGUGCUGGCAGGGAGACACCCCCCACCCAGGACCAGCCGGGCAGCCCCAGUGGCUGUGAGGACAGGGACAGCCCAGUCCCAGAGCUGAGGGCCUCCUUCCUGCCACGGACCUUGUCUCUGAGGAACUCUAUCAGCAAAAUCAUGUCGGAGGCGGGCAGCGAGACCCUGGAAGACGAGUGGCAGUCCAUCUCAGAGAUCGCCUCCACUUGCAACACCAUCCUGGAGUCGCUGUCCCGGGAGGAUGGUCCCUCUGUCCCCACAGGACAGCCCAUCCCAGAGAGCGGAGAUGCCAAGGGAACGCCCAAGUCUGAUGCCGAGUCAGAACCCGGGAACCUGUCCGAGAAGGUCUCUCACCUGGAGUCCCUGCUCCGGAAGCUGCAGGAAGACCUGCAGAAGGAGAAGGCAGACAGGGCAGCCCUGGAGGAGGAGGUGCGGAGCCUGCGGCACAACAACCGGCGGCUCCAGGCCGAAUCAGAGAGCGCAGCCGCCCGCCUGCUCCUGGCCUCCAAGCAGCUGGGCUCCCCCACCACCGACCUGGCCUGAGCUGUCAGGUCCAGCCUCAGCCCGGCUAUGGAUCUGCCCCAACCGCCCAGGUCCCUCAGGGCACCCGGGUCACAGCGGCCCUGGGCCCUCCUCAGGAACUCUCCUGCGCAAGGCGCAUCUUAGCACUGCCCCCACCCCCCACCCAUUAUCUGGGGGUGAAGUCGCCCCAACCCCAUCCCUGUUUGUAAAUAUUCUGUGGAGAAAAAGAGACUUCAGGGAAUAAAGAAGCCACUGUUA